AGUUUCCUACGGGUUACCGUAACUCGUAUAGUAAAUACAUGAUUUGUACUAUUGAUCGAGAAAAGAACUAUAGGGAAAGUAUUAGGAAUGCUCUUUCGGUCCGUUUUUCUGCUAUAUUUAUUAGCACUAUCUGAUCAAGACAGACAGAAGCGACCGGAAAAGUUAAGUGAUGUGGCAAGAUACAUCUUUUCUAAUGAACAUUUGCAAAAAAUUUUGUGGGAUGGAAAUCAAGAACUAGAAAGACAUACACUUGUUAUUUUCGUUAGAGAAAAGUGUGACUAUGACUUGAAAGAAAUAGCAAGUGUUACAGAGCAUUACCUCGAAGAUCCGUAUCUUCACAUAUUGAUUCAUAAAGAAAUUUUCUCCAUCCAGAGGGGGACAGUAGAAAAAAAUUUAUUUUCGAUUUAUCGCGUGGAAUCCUGUACUGAGGGACUGUUUUUCUCCAAGGGCUCAAUGCCCGGCAUGAUAUCCUCUCGAUGGAGAAAUGAUGAUAAGCAAUUUUUCUACGAUUGGUUCUGGAGCAACUUGGACUUCAAGAUUGAAAUAUUUAACAGUUACAAUGAGCAGUUGAAAGUUCAAUUGGUUUUAUCCAAGGGAAGGAGAGGAAAAGGCAAAGGCAAAGGUAAAGGUAAAGGUAAAGGUAAAGGAAAAGACGAAAUGGCUCAAAUCGAAAUUCCAAAGAGCGAGGGUCAAUCUGACGUCAAAACUAAUAACUUGUAUUUAGUUGAUCCCGGAAGGAGUCUAAAAUUAAAUUGCAAGUUUGGAUCAGUAUUUUAUUUCGCGAUCGGAGGAAAACAGAAUAUCUUCAUUACCGGUGAAUACAUUACUGACCAUAAGAAAAUUUUCAUGGGAAAUAAUACUGUUAGAACCCAUCGGAGAAGUGUUUCAUAUCAAUCGUCGCUUUUUGAAACCUUAAACGAAAAUUAUGCUUUUUCUCGAGAAUAUUUAAAGAAGAUAUUUAUCCAAAAAAUUAUUGAAAUGAAAUUACCUGAAAUAGUAACUGAAUUUCAUUCGAUUGGCUUUGUGCAAACAAAAACACCAACUCCUCUCACAGAUUUAGUUCAGAUGGAAAAUUUAAACUCUGACGAUAGUUCGACAGAAAUAAACAAAUUUUUAACACCUCUUAUAAUGAGCUUUUGUCAAUGUGAUGUAGAGCUUAUUGGAUUUACCGAAACAAAUAUUAAAGCAACAGAUAAAGUUUUCACGGCACUGCUUUAUAAAGAGAACCAUGAAAAAAUCAUUAAAAUAAGAAGUUCUGAUUCCACCGAGAGUUUAGUAUUAGGAAAGAAUUCGUUACUUAUAUACGAAUCAUUAAGAAUGAUUAUAAGUGAAGACGUCGAAGGGAUUUUUGCUUUUUUUAAACCAACAAGUUGGCAAAGCGAUGUAAUAGAGGAGGAAAAUGGAGAUAUAAUCUUCUUCGAUGCAAAGCAGAAGGAACAUACUUUAUGGCCGUUUAAAGCAAAACAUAUUACGAGAAAAGACGAACUAUAA